AUGAUGAGGACAAAAAUGAGUCUGAGCCGCAUCCUCUUCCUUCGUUACCCGUCCGGAUCCAACUCUGAUGGCUGGUGCAAACAAAGCCCUACUCGCCCUUCUCGGUUCGACUUGUUUCCCAAUGCCUUUCCCUGCGACGUAUUGUUGGGCCUGGCGUCAUGCGAAGAAGCCAACCUUGGAGACAGCAAGGCAAGGCGUCUCACGGUCGACCGAACGGUUGCAAACCAUCUUCCAGCCAGCGAUUGGGGUCAUCCCGAGUACCUGCCAAGUGUGAGGAAAGCGCUGCCCGUCCGCAUGGAAGGCGGGCUGCCCGGAGUUUUCUAUACGAAGCGACGCUGGCUGGCUGAGAGUUUCCUCAGGGAGUCAUGUCGACUGGAGAUUAGGCUGACUCCCGACCCCUUUGCUUCGAGAGGCAAGUGUCCCAUUCCUUCAAGAUUCGACCCCAGGCAAUGA